AGGUGUAACAGGCUAUUCUUCUUCUACAAAUUCUCGGCCUAUUAGAUGGUGACAUUAAGAUGGUCUAGACACUUGAAAGACGAUCAGUUGAUAGGUACCUAAGAUACCUGUUGAUAAGUCUCUGCUGUUAUAGCGGUUGGAUAGUUGGUUGGAUAGUUGGAACGUGCCCUGUAUCUGAGACGCUAAGUCGCUAGUUGCCCUACCUAAGUCUAAGUGCCUAAGCACUUGCCAAUUAACGAACGGUAAUUUGAUUCGCUAGGUACCUAAAAUAACCACUUUAGGCUGGAACUACGAUAAACAGCAACGGCUUACGUUUGGAUUGUGGACUGUGGACUUUGGAGAUUUGCAGUAGAACGUCGCAACUUCUAAACGUCUUUAAACGUCUCUCCAAUCACCUUUUUUUUUUCGGGUCUGUCGGCGAUUGAUGUUGUCACCGUGUCAGAUAUUCAAUCUUCACGAAUGAUUUCAUAAUGACUCCCACAGAGCCUUCGCAGCAGUUAAAUGCUGGUGCGAAGAAAAAGAAUAACAAAAAGAAGAAGAAUGCAGCAAAGCCCAAACCGCUCGAGGACGGAGUUAAAGCCAUAGAUAUAAAUCAGGAUGGAGAGCGUCCCGAAGAAGACGGUAACGAAUCCGACGAGCCAGACACACCCGCAGCAGAAAUUACACCAAAACAAUCUACAAAUGGCCAUGCCACAUCACCUACAACCAAUGGACAUCCUGCUCGCGAAUCAGCCACGAAUGAUACAACCGAAUCCACAGACACAAGCGCCAGGCUAGACGCCAUAACGCAAGAGCGUGAAGCUCUAAGAGCAGAAGUAGAACAACUUCGAAAACAGCUCGAAAACAUACAAGAAACGCAUGCCCAAGAGACCGCUCAACUCAAAUCAGAUUUAGAAGAAUCUGAAGCCGCCAAGGAGCAGGUUGAGGAGCAAUAUCAAACCCUCGUAGACAGGGUCGAGAAGAUUAAAGAAAACGUCGGCAACAGACUAGCGAGAGGAAAGGAAGAAUUGGAAGAAGCAAAUCAACGCAUCGAAGAGUUAGAAGCGCAAAAUGAGGAGCUUCAAAACGGCGCACAAGGUUACCAAGAUGAGAUCGAAAAGCUCAAGACCGAACUGCAAGAUGCGACGAGAGAACUGUCUAGUCUUCGAAGCAGAAACAACCUCUCCCAACAUAACUCAUUGAAGGAGAAGGAAGAUCUGACGCGACAGAUACAACACUUAAGGGAAGAAGCAGAAGCGGCUAAGGAUGCGAUGGGCGACUGGGAAGUGUUGGCUAUGGAAGAACGAUCAAUUAGGGAGAGCUUAUCCGAAAAAGCAGCUGCUCUAGAAGAACAACUAUCUACCAUGAGAGAAAGCUAUGAGCGAAUCAUAGCCGAGAGAGAUACCCAGUCUCAAGCUGUUGACAGUCUCCAGAGGGCACUCCAAGAGAUUCAGGAGGCCCGCAAAAAGGAGCUGCGUGAAAUGGUUGAGACAUCAGAAGAGCAGCUCCAGGCGCUCAAGAAGAUCGUUCAAGAGGCGGACACAAGAGCAACCGAAGCCGAAAAAGUUAAGGAAUCGUUACAGAAGGAACUGGAGCGAACUGCGCCCUUCGAGAAAGAGGUUAAGGAGAAAAACCUCCUCAUCGGCAAGCUAAGACAUGAAGCCAUCGUCCUUAACGAUCACCUAACGAAAGCUCUUCGAUACCUCAAGAAGACCAAACCUGAGGAUAGCAUCGAUAGGCAAAUUGUCACGAACCACUUCCUUCAGUUCCUUGCCCUUGAUCGUUCUGAUCCCAAGAAGUUCCAGAUCCUCCAGAUCAUCGCCGGGCUCUUGAAUUGGACAGACGAACAGAGGGAACAGGCGGGGCUCGCGCGGCCGGGAACUUCUACUAACAGUCUCCGCCUCCCCAGCUCUCCGUUCCACAGAACACCUAGUACGCCGUCUCUAAGCGCGGAAUUUUUCUCAGAUACAACGCCAACCUCGGCCAGCAAAGAGUCCCUUGCCGAUUUAUGGGCCGGGUUCUUAGAACGGAGCGUGGAAGAGGCUUCGCAGACGGGAUCGAGGAAGGGCAGCAUGUCGAGCGCAGCCGGCACGCCGAGAACAGACGCCCGAGGUACUUAAUUAGGUAGUAAAUACUACUUUGCUACCCGUGUAUCUGCGUUAUAAUGCAUUUUUCUUUUCUUUCUGUUUCGACUGCGGCUAGCUUUUGAUAAAAGACAUGAUAGCAUACUAUGCAGCAUCUGAUGGCGUUUGUCGGGAUACGGUUCAAGGGGACAAGACAACCCUCAGUGUUAUUAGUUCCUAGGAGGACGGAUAGGAUAGACUAUUCAAAUGAAUAAUCUGGAUCUUAUUAGCCAUCAGCUACACACCUUUGUAUAGUUACGGCCAACUUUUGGUUUUUCUUCUACUAAACGAGUGAUGCCUCCUUAUUGUAGGUUUACCUUCCGCUUACUUGCAGGUUUUCUAAGUAAUUCUGAAGAGACGUCCUAGUCUAGGAGAGUUCGACUUGAAUCGAGAUACACAUGUCUAGACAUUCACGUAACAAUACUACUAAACUGAAGGUUCAAGUCUUCGGUAAAAACAAGCUCAACUCCAUAUGAUAUCUAAACACGACGCUAUCUGCACACACGGCACCAUCUAAUAACAACAAAG